AUGAACGAGGUAUUGAGCAAGAAAGUAAAUUACUUGGUUAGUUUAUUCAGAAAUGUUGUAAAGGAUAAUAUCGAUGAUACUACCGAGUACUCAAGAACUACGUACGACAAUGGAAUUUUAUCAAAAUAUGAGAGUAAAAUCAAGGUCAUUUUUCAACUAGAAGACACGGAUUUCCAUUUCCAUUUCCAAGGCGAAGAAAAGGCCAAAGAGACCAAAGAGGCUGGUGAACCUGGUGAACCUGGUGAGCCGAAAUCAGUUAAGCUUUUUAAUGAUACUGUCAAUUCGAGAAUAAAGGAGUUUGUUGUUUCCUGUGGGUCACAGACAUUCCUUACAUCACUUGUUACAUCUUUUGUAAAUUCGGGAGACAACAACGAGAGCGAUACAAGUCGAUUACAGGAUAAAAUUGCAAUUACUUUGGACUGUGUUAUAUGGAUAACGCUCAAUAUUGAUGCAUGUGUCAAGUCGAGUUUUUUCCAGAGCUUGGCCACGAUCCUGAAUCAGUUGUUUUCGAUAUCAACAGAGCAAGUAGAGCAGAUGUGGUCUUAUGUUGAGUCGAGAGUACCCGUUAUUAUUAGUAAUGGAAUGUUUACAAACAAGGUGGGGGAAAGAAUGCAGAUUCUCCUGUUUACAAACUCUCUUGUUGAUAGGUUUGAGCAGACCAAGUUUGCAGGAAAAAUUGACUCCUACAAGAAGGACACGCACAACGAUGUUUUCCAAUGCCGUGUGCGUAUUUUUGUAACCCAGUUAUUGGAUUUCGAUGACACCACGGGUCUCAACAAAUACUUUCAUAUUGCAAACAGAACAGCAUUUCAGUUUCCAGUUAAAGAUGUAUUUUUAAGCGAUAUAAUUCAAGUACAAAAGAUAUUCAACGAUCCCUUGUACUAUAUGAAAAAACAGAAUCUGAAUGAACUCAACAGGCUUGCAAAUAAGCUUUAUGCCAUUUUGCAGGAGUUGUUGAAAGAGGAGCUAGAUUACAGCGAAGACACUCCAUAUCCUGACCAGUUCAACACCACCAAAACAACAACAACAACAACAGAAAACGAUGCAGAGCGAAAAUAUCUUUGUCAAAAAUUCUCUAGCCGAAUUUUUGUUCCAGAAACUUAUUAUGAAUCCAAAUUUGAAAUCAAAAACCGGGGCCGUGUUGAGAGCAGUCAAAAAAAGGAUGCCGAAUUUUUAUUCAAAGAGUUGGAGUUAUCCAAAAUACGACUCCAGUACAUUUUACAGAUAUAUAUUGUUGCCAACUUGUACUCAGAAUUGACAUUUAAGGCUAAACAGAGCUUUUUUGUUGAUGUUAAUGCGCCUUCCAGCUCGAGGCAUCUUACAGAAGACACAUUACCGCCUUCGCUUGGUCAGCUUUUUCUGGAUAUGAAAAGAGAAACGAUUUCGGUUUUGAAAAGAAUAGAUUUCGCAUUAUGCUCGCUAUUUCAAAAAAUUGCUAUUGGUGAAAAACAAUGGUGGCGAUGGCUACUUCAUGGGAAAGAUCAAAAAUCAGGAACGGCAUAUUUUGCAAACAACGUGUUGGAUAUUGGUGAGCUCAAGGCGACUGAGGAAAGAUUUAAGGAUAUUUUCCCAUAUAAGAAUAAAAAGAGCUUCAACACAUAUGUAACACCACAAGUGUCGAGGAAAAUGCGCGUGCCACGCGGUUUAGAGCAUUUAAGUGCGAUGAAGAGCUUAGACGAAGAUGCUGCAUUUAAGGAGAUUGAAGAUCUUACUAACACCGCUUUGGACAACACGGCGGAUACAGAUGAGAGAAGAAGUUCUCUUUCGUGGAAAGUGUCGCGCAAACAGAGGACUACAAACUGGUUUUCAUAUAAUGAGAACUUAUCUAAUCAGCAAAAAACUGCCAAUGUGAAUAAAAGGAAAAUUGAAGAGGAGUUGCCAGAAGGGGAGAAUAAAAGGAAAAUUGAAGAGGAGGUACCAGAAGGGGAGAAUAAAAAGAUUAAAAUUGCGUAA